AUUAUCGAUAUUUACGUUAAUUGUUUGCCACCUCUAACGCCGGCUUUUUUGCAGACAGUUCUGGAUAUUUUUCGCAAAACGCAAAGGAUUUAUUUGGUUUUCAUUGAAUCUAAUUCAAAAUGACUGCAUUUGAAGAGUUCGGCGUCUUGCCUGAAAUUGCCAAGGCCAUUGAUGAAAUGGAAUGGACAUUACCAACUGAUGUCCAGGCUGAAGCUAUUCCUCUUAUUUUGGGAGGUGGUGAUGUGCUAAUGGCUGCCGAGACUGGUUCAGGUAAAACCGGUGCAUUUUGUUUGCCCAUUUUACAAAUUGUUUGGGAAACGUUAAGGGACCUCGAAGAGGGUAAGGGGGCAAAAGGAGGUUCCGCAACAGCCAGUGCUGCCCCAUGGACCAUGUCCUUCUUUGAUCGUGGCAAUGCCUUGGCUGUUACACCUGACGGUCUGCGUUGCCAGAGUCGUGAGUUCAAGGAAUGGCAUGGUUGCCGUUCUACAACCGGUGUCAAGGGCAAAGGAAAGUUUUAUUAUGAGGCAACUGUUACCGAUGAAGGUCUAUGCCGUGUGGGCUGGUCUACCCAACAGGCAAAUUUGGAUUUGGGAACAUGUCGUUUUGGUUUUGGUUUUGGUGGAACUGGUAAAAAAUCAAACAAUCGCCAGUUUGACGACUAUGGGGAGGCUUUUGGUAAAAAUGAUGUCAUUGGCUGUUAUUUGGAUUUGGAAAAAAUGGAGGUGUCAUUUAGCAAAAAUGGCAGUAAUUUGGGCGUAGCUUUCCGCAUUAACGACAAUCUGCGCAAUGAGACCUUUUAUCCUGCUGUGGUCUUAAAAAAUGCAGAAAUGGCUUUCAAUUUCGGCAAAACAGAUUUCAAAUAUCCUCCUAAGAAUGGAUUUAUAGCAGCUUGUCAAGCCGGUCCAUCCCACACUAAGCCAAACCCUUUGGCUAGUCCUGCUGCCAAUGCAGGAGCGAACAAACCAUCACCAAAUGCACCUCAGGCCAUUAUCAUUGAGCCAAGUCGAGAAUUGGCCGAACAGACUUACAAUCAGAUUGAAAAAUUUAAGGUACAUUUGGCAAAUCCGGAUGUUCGUAGUCUACUAUUGAUUGGUGGUGUUAAACUGGAACAACAAAAAAGUGUUUUGCAGCAGGGCGUUCAUAUUGUUGUUGGCACACCUGGCCGUCUGGAGGAAAUGAUAAGUGGAGGCUUUGUGCAGCUCACACAUUGCAAGUUUUUCGUUUUGGAUGAAGCUGAUGCUUUGCUUAAACAGGGCUACACAGAUCUCAUUGACCGUCUGCAUAAACAAAUACCAAAAAUGACCUCGGAUGGCAGACGCCUUCAAAUGGUUGUGUGUUCCGCAACUCUUCAUGCCUUUGAGGUAAAGAAAAUGGCUGAUCGUCUUAUGCAUUUCCCCACAUGGGUCGAUCUCAAGGGAGAAGAUGCUGUACCCGAAACGGUACAUCAUGUGGUGUGUAUGAUAGAUCCACAACGUGACACAACAUGGCAUAAUUUACGUCAACACAUUCGCACUGAUGGGGUUCAUGCCCGGGAUAAUCCUCAUCCCCACAAUUUAACACCCGAAACUUAUUCAGAGGCCAUUAAAAUGUUGAAGGGCGAAUAUUGUAUACGUGCCAUUGAAGAACAUAAAAUGGAUCGAGCUAUUCUAUUUUGUCGCACCAAGUUGGAUUGUGACAAUUUGGAAAAAUAUCUUAAAGCUCGUGGGGGACAACGGUAUUCCUGCGUCUGUUUGCAUGGUGAUCGUAAACCGAAUGAGCGCAAGCAAAAUUUGGAAGCCUUCAAGAGGGGAGAUGUUAAAUUUCUUAUUUGUACUGAUGUUGCUGCAAGAGGUUUGGAUAUUACUGGUCUACCGUAUAUGAUUAAUAUUACCUUGCCCGAUGAAAAGUCAAACUAUGUACAUCGUAUUGGUCGUGUUGGCCGUGCAGAGCGUAUGGGUUUGGCUAUCAGUUUGGUGUCUACCGUACCCGAAAAGGUUUGGUACCACGGUGACUGGUGUCCAACUCGGGGUCGUAAUUGUUCUAAUACGAAUCUCACAGACAAUCGUGGCUGUUGCAUAUGGUAUAAUGAAAAGAAUCUUUUGGCUGAAAUUGAGGACCAUUUGAACAUUACCAUUCAACAAGUGGACAAAAAUAUGUCGGUACCCCUUAACGAUUUUGACGGCAAGGUGGUGUAUGGUCAAAAGAAUCUGAGCACUGGAACUGGCUACAAGGAUCAUGUUCAGCAACUAAUACCAAUUGUUAAAAAACUCACUGAUUUGGAAUUACAAUCACAAUCUUUAUUUUUGAAACGUUUAAAAGUCUAAACAAAAAUUACAUGGUACAUAUAUAUAUUUGGAACAAAAAGAUCUUUCAUAUUUAAUUGCAUGGAAUUAAUAAUGUUUUAAAAAACAAUAAUCACAUAUACUAUUAUUAUUAUGCUAAUUGAUACAAAAUGCGUUCGAGCGUAGAUACAUACUCCACAAGCUGCUAAUAUAAAAUUAUACCCCAAACAAAACAAAGAA